AUGGAGAUGCCAUCUAUCCGUCACGAAAAGCAAUCUGAUCCAGCAGUUGAAUCGCCGGAAGGGCUCCUCACAGAUAAUGCCCUAGAUGAAGACACUCAUCUUCUCCAGAAGUCACCAGAUGAGACUGAAGGGCUGGACGACGAUUUGAUAAGCAUACAGACAGAAACAGACGUUCUUCUUCCCGUAGAUAUAGAUUCAAAAAUCCCUCUCCAGGAACACAAGCUCGGACUUGAUAUCAAUGCGAUCCGCGGUUGGUCCGGUUCCGAAUAUGACGACUAUGAUGUCAUUGCUGUCCAUGGCAUACGAGACGACUAUAAAACUGCCUGGAUAGACAAGAACGGUGGCUGGAUCUUGAAAGAUCACUUGUUUAAUGGCAUGUCGAUCAGGGAGAUUGAUUACUCGUACGAAAUUGACGAAAGCUCGGUCCUCUAUCAUCAAAAUGGCAUUGAUAUUCUUGCUGAAAGGCUCGUCGACAUGUACGCAAAGGAGCGUGAGAGUCUGGCUGAAACGGAAACCGACAGGCCCGUCAUCUGGGCGUGUCACGACAUUGGGGGCACUAUCGUCAAACAGGUAUUCAUCGGCACACCGCAUCAAUUUCAAUCACAAGAUGAUGCCGUAGAUCAAAUUUAUAAGCUUGUCAAUCUUCCGGGACCUGAUAUUAAGAAGCAGACUUUCAUGAAAGUAAAGCAUUUGGCAGACCAGAUUGCCCGGACUAAUACGAGAUUUGUGGCCACGAAGCUUCUCGACAGAGCUUGCAUCUUCAACAUAAUAUCUCAGAGCAUCUCCGACAGCUUGGCAGGCAAGGCUGAUGAUAACAAAUUUGAGGGCGCUGAUGGGUGCAACUAUGAGCAGGAUAGGACUUGGAGUAAGACAACAGUAACUCCUUUUCACCGGUAUACACACUUUAUUGGGCAUUCAUUCGAAGCCAGUGGAAGGCGGCGCAACAAUCAAAUCAACCAUCUUGAUCUCAUCCGCGACGAGGGGUGUUCACUGCUCAACUUAUUUUCUGACAUAUUCAAAAUGACUGGGUUUGUUCUCAAAAUCAGCUAUGGACUUAUUUCACUGCAGACGCGUCUAUUAGCUCUUGCGCCUCCAACCAGAGCGCUUGGAAUACCCUUCGACCCGGUAUUGCCAUAUCCUCCCAUGCUGAGAUGGUUACAUCAGCAACAACCAUAUAUAUCGUUUAAAAGGCAGAAGUCUGGUGCUAAUUACCUGCACAUUCAUAGUGGUGGAAAGUCUUUGGUUGACAGUGAAGAUCUUUCACGUCGUUUAUACGCCCACCUUGACGCAGACCUCGCGCAUGGGAACCCAACCAAAACUGUCGUUUACUUCGAAUUCAACCAACAUGACUCACGAUACCGGGAUCUCAAAUCUUUAUUGGUAUACCUAAUCAAUACGAUGGUGUGGCACUUUUGGCCCAUUAUUGAGACAUUGGUUUCUAAAGAGCUAAUGUUCUUGGUUGACACGAAGUCUUGGACUAUGGAGGACCUGUACCAUAUAUUCCUCAAAAUUCGACUUUCUCUGCUUUGGAGGCAGGACUUCACCUUUUUCAUCAGCUGUUUUGAUCAGUGUCCAGAGGAUCAAAGACGAUGGUUCAUGGAUCGUAUUCUCAAGGAACAAAGCUACUCGGAAGCGUCUUUUCGCAUCAUCAUAUCCACAUCGACUUGUGACAGCCUCGGAAUUGAUGAUAUAGCUCCAGAUAGGCAUUUGAAUCUGCUAGAAUGCCCCCGGUUCAAGGAACAACCACAAGACGCGCUGUCCUACGAGUCAAUGAAAGGCCUCAAUAACUUGGUGACCAGACGGCCAAUAUACAGCCGAUUCCUAUCCCGGAUCAAGAGUCUGCUCGAAGAAUGUAAUCAGGUGCCAAAGCUGGCUCCUUUAAUUCUUGGAUGGCUAGAAUCUAACCAUCGAGGUAAGAAUGGGGAUGAGAUUGCGGCCGUCAUCACAUCGUUAUCACCAGCGACUGCAGGCAACAUUGCACACAUCUUUUUGAGGCAUCUGCCACCUAUUCUCCAUCAAAAAGCCAAGACAGCCUUCACUUGGAUCCAGCAUGCUGCAGAGCCUUGGUCAGCAGAUGCCCUUGUAGAAGCACUCGCAUUGCAUGCUUCUCCAGACACAGAGCUUUGUCUUUAUGACCUCGACAAAGAGACUGAGAGGGAUGAGUUGAUCAAAGAGUUCAACGGGAUCAUCACUGUGGACAAUGGCGACGUCAAAUUCUGUCAUCCUUCGUUUUAUCAAGUGACAGAGCUCAUGGGAGGUCAGGGCCUCGAAGAAUUCGCUGCCAGAGUCAACAGCUCAAUGGCGACUGUUUGUUUGCGUUACUUUCAACUAGAAAACUCGCAGUCAUUUCUUGACGAACUUUGCUUGACGAAGCUCGCCGAUGUUCCUCCAGAGGCGCCGCUGGAGCCCUUCAUCAUUUACCACCAGCGCACGUCUAUGAGUGAAUACGCAGUUCGAUUCUGGGCCGACCACUACAAGGCUAGCGGGAGCUUCAAGCCAAAAGACCUAGUCCGUGACAUCUUUGGUGACAAACGUUACAGAGCUCGUUGGGAAAUUCCUUUUUGGCUUAUGUCGAACCCCUUCACAAGGAUCGGUCGACACUACAUUUCCAGGCUCCCAGUAUUCGCCAUGCUGGGCCUGGAAGACUUGAUUGAUGAUGAAAUCAUGGCCGAUUGUGAUAAGCGAUGGUUCAAUAAGGAUUGCUGGUUUGCAAUUGUGGAAGCCAUACGAUGGGGAAACACAAGAAUCGCUACGAGACUCCUUGGCCAUGCUGAAGUGGAUGAAGCAGAGCUACAGGUUGCUCUACUAUGGGCCGCGGCACGAAAUGAUCAAGGCAUCAUCCAAGACUUGCUUGCUAAGAUUCCCGACAUAAGAAGGUUUGAGUGGCCCGAAAGUCUCAUUUAUCGAUCUGCAGCAAUGGGGCAAGACCGGCUACUCUCUGCUAUGCUGACAUCUGGCUACGAUAUCAAUAAGGUUGGAAUAUACUGGGACGUUCCCCCUGCUAUGAUAGCAGCGUGGCGGAAUCAGCUUUCUACACUCGAAAUAUUAUUGAAAUCGGAGCAGAAACUGGAUCUUUCUUUCAUAGACAGUGAAGGCGACACUUUGUUGACGGUCACCACGAGAGGGGGAAAUCCAGACCUACUCGAAGUCGUCAUGAACGCUAUCACGGGAGAUGCUGGGAUCAAAGUCACCAAACAUACGAGAAACGAAUUGGUACAAGCUGCAUUAUGGUCUUGUUCACAGAGAGCUCUCGAUUUGCUCCUUAAAUCUGGAAUAGGAUACAGGGGGGAAGGGUUUCAGGACCCCGUUACUGUAACGGCAGCUGAUGACGGCUUCUUGGAGUGUUUAAGCGCCUUUCUUUCUCACGGAUUUGUCCCGGACGCAGAGGACUCUGCGGGGACUGCACUGUAUAAUGCUGUCUCAAAAGGCUACGUCGAUAUCGUGAGGCUUUUACUGAACCAUGAUCCUAAGCCAAAGAUGGAUAUAACGCCGCCAGGAAAGGACAGUAUCUUGGUCAACGCUAUCUGCGGCGGCAACGUUGAAAUCGCAUCGCUUCUCAUUGAGCACGGCGCCACAGUCGAUUACAUUGAUGAAAAUGACACUUUCAACAAAACACCUUUGUCUAGAGCCUGCGCCGUUGGAAACUUGGAAAUGGUUAAGCUUCUCCUAAAAAACAAGGCUGACAUCAACUAUACUGUCGACUUCUCUCGAUCACCUUUAUUUUCAGCUCUUUAUAGCUGGAAUUUCGAGGUGGCCAAGUAUCUUCUGGCAAACACCAAACCUGACGUUACGUGGAAAUCAUCUGGUGAUAUCGGGAUGCUUCAUAUGGCCUACACCGAUUCUGAGAUCCUUCGUGAGCUAUUGAGAAGGGGUGCUCCCAUCGAUGGUAUGAGCGCAGGGGGAACAGUUCUCAAUCUCGCGGCAUAUAUUGGAGCACUUGAGUCCAUCCAGAUUCUUCUUAGCAAUGACCCAAAGCCUGAAAUAGACGUCAAAGCACCUGAGGAUUCAGUCAUCGAGGAUAAUCAAGGCUGUACUCCACUUCACUCCGCAUGCAGGGCAUGCUCGUUUGGAUGUGUCAAAGCCCUGUUGGCGGCCGGCGCUAAUCCCCACGCUAUCAACAAAAUCGGUAUGGAUCUUGUUGAUAUUCUACUUCGAGCGCCCUCGGAAUCAGAAGAUUGUGAAAAAUGUUUGAGGUUGUUAUUCUCUGCACCUUAUAACUUACCCAAGGAACGGGUAGAUGAAGGGGGUCGUACCCGUCUCCACAGAAUCGAAAAGUCUACAUCUGUUGACUUUGUGCGACGCCUCACAAGUCUCGUUUCUGAAGUCGAUGUCAAGGACAAAGAAGGAUACACGCCUCUAGCCGUGGCUGCCAGUAAUGGAAACACAGAUGUUGCCAGGUAUCUGAUCGAAUUAGGUGCCAAGGUCAAUAUCUUCGGCUCGAAGUACGGCAGCAUUCUUCAUCUAGCUGUCAAUAAUGGCGCUACAGAUCUUGUCAAACUUUUGAUAAGUUCUGGGGCAGAUCCUGAGAUGGUGGACCCCCAAUAUGGCGAGUCCCUCAUGUACACAGCUCUUGGAAUCACUGCGUCAGGGAGCCGGAAUAGUAUGGUUAGAUUCCUAGCUGAUGAGGUCAAAGUUUCAAUCGGUAAGCUGGGUGGUGAAUUGGGAUAUCCAGUGAUCCGAGCAGCACACUUGGCGUUUAGUCCCUUCACCGAAGUCGGUGACGAAUUGCUGAAGUUCUUUAUUCGCCGUAAGGCUCGACUGGAUGUUACCGACAGCCAGGGUCGAAGUGCAGUGCAUUUCGUCUCAAAGUCCAAAUUUCAUGAUUUUUUUAAAAUCUUACUACGAGACAAGGCCACGAUCAAUAAGGCGGACAAAUUUGGGCGCAUGCCUAUUCAUUUUGCUGCCGCAAAUCCGGAUCCCACCUACCUUGACUAUCUACUAAAUACGGGAAAGAUUGUCGAUAUCGACGUCAGAGAUCUUGAUCAAUGGACACCACUGAUGUGGGCCGCGCGGUCUGGUUCAAAGAGUAAUAUACAGCGUCUUCUGUUAGAGAAGGCUGAUAUCUGGGCGCGGAAUCUUUCUUCCAACUCCCAAGAUGGCUGGUCACCUUUAAAAUUGGCACGCUUUGCCGGUCAAACUUUUGACUUGAGUGACCUCCAACCCCAGGAGCCGUCGAGAGUCCGCCAAAAUGGUACUGUUGAGAUAUGGAAUGAGGACUUUCACAAAAGCAAAGCUGGGGAUGUUAAAGACAGCGUCUUCUGUGAUAGUUGUCUCACGGACAUUGUUGGCUUACGAUGGACAUGCAUGGUGUGCGAAGAGAGCUUCGAUGUUUGUUUCAAAUGCUUCCCCCAUAGGUCCAACUUUCAUGACCUAGAACACAAUUUCGAGUCGAUCGGACCUCUAUAUCAUGAGGAUGCCAAUGACGACAUGGUCACAAGUCAUGAUCCAAAAGAGGGGGUAUCUAAUGUUGAUGGAGAAGGGCUCGUCUUGGAAGAAGACAAUACAAACGGCAUCAAUCACUUAGAUUCGGACUCGGAUAGUUAG